CACUUUCCUCGCUGUUUCUUCAUAAACAACUUCCCAUACUCAUCACAAUGCCCGUCGCUCCUGUUGUUGGCAAGCUCCGAAAGAGGCUCAUCACUGACCUUACCGCCUCCAUCGGUAUCGGUCUCGCCGGCGCCUACACCUUUUGGUACACUGUCCACCUCCCCAUGGUCAAGAGGCGUGACGACUACUACCUCCGUCUCGAACAGGCCAAGUCUUCUUAAAUGGCUCUCUUUUCGACAAAUAGCCAACUCGACAUCAUAUAGUGAGAUUUUAGGAUUGAGCUAUAGGGACGUGUUGGAUUGGAAUUAGGGAUGCAUCUGUGGACCAAUUG